AUGAAAUACUUCAACAAGGGUGUCUUCAACAAGAAUGUUGUUCAAAUUGUUGGUACUCGAAUUGGUUUGCUUUUCUUACUUGCUCUCGCAUGUCAUGCAGCAGCACUUGUUGUUGCCGCGUCUGAUGUGAAUUGGUCCACUCUCAAUGCUGACCAACUUUCACAACUUCCCAACAGUGCUUUCAAUUCCAUGUCUUCUUCAGAUCUUUCCUCCAUUCCUCCAACAGCUUGCAGUGGAUUCAAGUAUUCUCAAGUUUCAAGUGUCAAUGAUUAUGCAUGUAGUGGAUUCAAGAGUGCAUGUUUCUCUAACAUGCUAUCAUCUGCUUUCACUGGAUUUACAUCAUCAUGUUUUAGUAAGAUUCCAAACCAAGAGUUGAGUGGAAUCAAUUCUGCUGAAAAGUUUGGAAAAUUGAGUACAAAUGUCAUUGCUUCUCUUUCAAGCAGUGCUAUUGCUGCCUUGAAUGUGAGUGCUUGUGCUGGAUUUAGUUAUAAUCAAGUAGCAGCCAUCAACAAUGACUAUCCAACAUCUGCUUGUUCUGGUUUCACUUCUCAAUGUUUUAAUGCCAUUCCUUUGGAAAGUUUAUCAGAUUUGACAUCAUCCUGUGUUGGUAAUUUGGAUGCAAGUAUGGUCAACCAAAUUUCUGGAUCAAGUAUUGCCAACUUUCCUGCUGCCUCAUUCUCUGGAUGGACUCAAAAUCAAGUUGUCAAAUUGACAAGUUUUGAUAUUUGUUCAAAUUUCAGUCAAAAUCAAAUCGGUGCUAUGAACAAUGAUUAUCCUGUCUUUGUUUGCAGCGCUUUACAAGCAUCAUGUUUGUCAGCAAUGCAACCUAGUGCAUAUGCUGGAAUGACUUCAGCUUGUGUGAAUCAAUUAGAUGUUUCACAAAUUAAUGGGAUUUCACAACCUGAACAAAUUUCAAACAUUCCUGCUUCUUCUUUUGCUGGGUUCUCAUCCAAUCAAAUUGCCAAGUUUCCUCCAAAGACAUGCUCUGGGCUCAACUCGAAUCAAGCUACCAAGUUGGAUAAUUCUUAUCCAAAAUAUGCGUGUCAAGGUUUCAAAUCAGAAUGUCUUUCAAACAUUCCAGCAAACGCUUUCACUGGGUUUUCAAGUACUUGUGUUUCACAAGUCAAUGCAGUUCAGAUGAGUGGAUUAUUAGCCUCUCAAUUGGCACAAAUUCCUAACUCUGCCUAUUCAGGUUUCACCUCAAAUCAAAUUUCCUAUUUAAACCCUACCUCAUGUUCUGGUAUUUCAAGCACUCAAAUUUCCAAUCUUAACAAUGGUUAUCCAAAUUAUGCCUGUCAAGGUUUCAAGUCAGAGUGUCUUUCCAAUAUCUCAGAUAGCUCUUACAGUGGCUUCACAAGUACUUGCAUUAAUUAUUUGGCGGCAUCUCAGGUGAAUGGAAUUUCAGCCUCUCAAUUGAAACAGAUCACACCAAAUGCGUUCAGUGGUUUCACAUCACAGCAAGUUUCAAAUUGGAACCCUUCCUCAUGUUCUGGUAUUUCAAGCUCCCAACUUUCCAAUCUCAACAAUGGCUAUCCAAACUAUGCGUGUCAAGGUUUCAAAUCUGAAUGCCUUUCAAACAUUCCAGAAAGCUCUUACAGUGGCUUUACAAGUACUUGCAUUAAUUAUUUGGUGCCAUCUCAGGUGAAUGGAAUUUCAGCUUCACAAAUGAAACAGAUCACUCCAAAUGCGUUCGGUGGCUUCACCUCACAACAAGUUUCAAAUUGGAAUCCUUCCUCAUGUACUGGAAUUACAAGUUCCCAAGUUUCAUCUUUAAACAAUGGAUAUCCAAACUUUGCAUGUCAAGGUCUCACAGCAACAUGCCUUUCGAAUAUUUCAGAUUCAAGUUAUUCCGGAUUCAAUUCGGCUUGUCUUUCGAUUAUACCUCCACAAAGUAUGAAAGGAAUUGGCGCAUCUCAGUUGACAAAUAUUCCAUACAAUCAAAUCAAUGGACUCGUACAAGAUCAAGUUGCAAUGCUGAAUAAUUCUACAUGCUCUGGAUUCACUUCUUUUCAAAUUAACCGAUUAAGCAAUUCUGGAUGUAGUGGUUUCCAAUAUGGAUGCUUGUCUGAAUUGACACCUCUCAAUAUUGUAUCUUCUUUGACCUCUCAAUGCUUUUCAAACAUUCCCUCUUCCUCUGUGUCUGGAUUUAAAGUUGAGACUAUUCCUUACUUUACAUCAGAUACCCUUUCAGGUCUUCAAUUGAAUCAACUUGUGGCAUGGCUCAAUUCAUAUGGAGAGAAAUAUUUUGUUUCAGUGGCCACUCAAAAACAAUUGUCAACAGUGAACAGUGGUGUUGUGUUACAAUUCAAGGAAAAGAUUGAAAAGUCUGAAAUUCAGAGAUAUAGAACAUUGGAAUCCAAUCAACUCUCUUCAACAACAUGGUUGCAAUUAAGUCUUUCCACAGAUGACUCCUUGAAGAAUGUUUUAAAUGCAAACACCAUGACAGAUAUUACUUUUGCUCAGACAUUCUAUGGUCUUCUCAACAAUGUCAACAUGUUACCGAGAGAUGUUUUUUCAAAACUCCAAGUUUCAUCAUUCUAUUAUUUUUUAAGUGACACUGUGAGUGGAUUCACAGCUGAACAAAUUUCUUACAUUAUGCCUUCAGCAUUUGAAAAUCCAAAUGGAAUUUCAAGAAAUGUUGCAUAUAUUAAUCCAAACUCAGUGAAAGGAAUUACGUAUCAACAACUCGACGUGCUUCUCAAAUAUGAUUAUCUUGGAAGAAUAUUCACUUGCAAGCAAUUCAUGGCAAUGACUCAAUAUCAAGUGGACUAUAUUAGAAAUACCAACAGUUACAAACAAUUGGUUGGUAAAUGUGGAACUCCAAAUCCACCUCCACAACCAUCUGGAUCGCUGUUUCCACCUCCACCUCCACAUCCACCAUCACCAAGUCCAUUAACAUCAAAUUCGGUUCAACCAGUCCAAAGCAAAAAGCCUCAACCAAGAAGAUCACUCGGAAUGAGUGAUAUCAAACACGGUACAAGCUGUUUUGUUUUGAUCAUAAUGACAGUGUUUGUUUUGAUGUUGCAAUAA